AUGCCUCAUUGCCCAGCAUGGAAGACCCAACAAAAACUUGCAAAGGGUCUCCUGAACUCUCGCAUGGCGCAAAUGUACGGCCCACUUCAAGAGCUCGAGAGCGCACAGUUGCUUCAGGAGUUCGCCUCUGCUUCGGUGGGAGGAGGGACCGUCAAUUUUACGAGAAUAUUCAGACGCUACACAAUAGGAGUUACGUUUCUCCUGUCCUAUGGCGAGCGAAUAAGCGAUCCGUCUGACCCUCGGCCCGAGGCAAUUGAAACUAUGAUAGAUCAAGUGGCAGAGAAUCUCCAAAAACCUGCCAAUCUUUUGGUGGAAUUGUUCCCGUCCCUACAAUAUCUUCCAAGAUUUCUAUUACCUUGGAAGCGGCAGGGGGAUGCCUUGCACGACAAUCUCAACGUUAUGUUCUUGGGGAUGUUCCGACAUGGUGUACGAGCAAAACCUUGGAACUGGAGUAAGCAUCUGAUCACUCUGGAUGAGGCCCAGUCGUUAAGUGAGAAGGAACUUGCAUUCCUAUUGGGGGGUCUCAUGGAAACUAGUACAACGACCAUCAAAACACUUGAGUGGUUUGUCAUGGCCUGUCUUUUGAAUGAGUCCGCUGUGCAGAAAGCACGAAAAGAGCUCGACGCUGUCAUUGGGAUCAGCAGGCUACCACAAUUUGUGGACGCCCAUAAGUUGCCAUAUCUCAAUUCUUUCAUUCAGGAAGUUCUACGUUGGAGAGGGAUCUUUCCACUCGGCGUACCGCACUCUAAUCUCGAAGCGGACGAAUACGGGGGUUACAGUAUCCCCAAGGGAGCGACGAUCCUACCGAACCACUGGGCUAUGGAUUUAGAUGAUAGGGUAUUUCCUGACGCUCAGCUGUUCAAUCCUGAUAGGUGGGUACAAUCUCCCGACCUUCCAAUGUCUCACUUUGGAUUUGGUCAAAGGGUUUGUCCUGGGCAACAUCUCGCUCGCAAAUCACUCUAUAUUGUCAUAAGUCGCAUGCUUUGGGGGUUCGAAAUAUCCCAUCUGCACGAGGCGAGCGGCAAAAGAAUUGAGGUUGAUCCAUACAACAUGGUUCAAGGUGUGAUGACCGGACCAGUGGCUUACAGCGCCUCAUUCAAGAUACGUUCUAUGGAACAUUGGCGAGUCAUUGAAGCAGAAUCUUCCAUUCCCCAUGAUCUUCACCGGGAGCUAUUGGAUGCCAUAAAAAUAUGA